AUGGAUAAACUGUCAACCAAAACGGAUACCUCAUAACAGCUGUUCAAUUUCUUAAUAUUAUAAUAAUAAAUUCUGCAACAGGAAGAGUCUUUCGAUGCUUAUAAAGUAAAUGUUAAUUAGCACGAGAUAUCUAAAACUGAAUUUAUUUCAACAAGAAACUUACUGUCUUUAGGAUUUCCAAUAUAAAAUGUCUGAUGAUGCCGAGCAACAGGCUGAAGAAGUUGAGGUUUUAAAGUCCAUUUACGAAGGAGACGAGAACUUCAAACAAUUAAAUGACAAGACUUAUCAGUAUAAGUAUAGAGAGGAAGAGAAAUCAUUCAUAGUAGAGAUAUGUUGGGGUCCUACAUAUCCUACAGAGAAACCUAGAAUCAAUUUAGAAAUAUUUUACAAUCAACACUUGAUUUCAUCUGUGAAAGAAAAUAUUCUGAAGAUUCUUGAUGCCGAAGCAGAGCAGUGGCUUGGUUGUGCUAUGACAUAUACAUUAUUUGAGUGCCUUAGAGAAAAAGUGCCUGAGAUUCUUGCUGAACAAGUAGAGGAGGUGGUUGCAGUGCGAUUAGAGAAAGUGGCAAUAACAGAACAGUUGGAAUCUAAGAAGCCAGAAAAGAAAGAACAGCUCAGCAAAUCACAAAAGAGAAGAGCAUGGGACAAAGCAGAAAUGGGUAAAGGUGGAGAGAAGCCAAGGGGCUGGGAUUGGGUUGAUAUUGUCAAGCACUUGUCACAAGCACCACAUGUUCAGCCAUCUUGACACUAAUGAGAGAUAGUAGAACCAGGAAAAAGACAAACAUGCUUAUUACUCUGCAGGUGUUCACGCAUACUGUAAUGCAUAAUGUAACAAGUUUUAGUCAAACAAAUAAUCUCAGAUUAUAUUAUUAUAUCAAUUACAGAAGCCUCAUUUACAAUCACUAUUUUUAAUCCUGCUACAAUAUUGUAUGUAUAAAUUCCAUAGAAGUAGUAUGGAAAGUAUUACUCCCAUAAAAAUAUAAAACAUAUUUUACCCAAGAAACAGGUUGAUUUUUUAUAUACUGAUAUUAAUGAAAUGAAAUCUGUACUAUACAUGCUUUUGUCUGGUAAAUGUAUAUAUUACUAUUAUU